AUGGCGAGUACGGACGGGUGGGCGCGGCUGCUGGCCCCCGAGGCCCCCUGGCUGCAGUCUGCUGCUGCAGUGCUGGGGCCCCUGAAAAGCUCUUUGGUGCACUUCAGUCCUUCUUCGAUUUCUUUUUUUCGAAAAGUAGACGCAGCGGCAGAAGCAGUGCUUUCCUUUUACGCGCCGGAGCUGCCCCCGGGCGCGCGCCAGAACAGCGGGCUGCCCAUGAUGGACGGCAAGGACAUGGCGCUCGUCAUUGGCCUUUAUUUGCUGCUCGUUGGACUCAGUCUUCUCGCCUUUAGAGGAUCUGCUUCGCAUGCAGUUCUCCAGAGAAAAGAAAAGAGUCUUUUGGAGAAGAUCGGGCCCGUCUUCGUCUGCCAGGCCGUCUACAACGCAGCCCAGGUGCUGCUGUGCAGUUUUCUGGUCCUCCGCGUCUUCGACGUUUGGCACACUGAGAAUUAUUCUUUUGUUUGCAACCGGUUUAACGUCCCCAACACCCGCAUGGCCGAGGUCACCUGGUUCUUCUACAUGCUGAAGUACCUCGACCUGCUGGACACUGUGUUCAUGAUAGUGCGGGGCAACUGGCGGCAAGUUUCUUUUCUUCAUGUUUACCACCACAGUUCUGUCAUUUACAUUUCCUGGGUCAACGCCAGCGUCGGAUUCGACGGCGAGAUCUACUACGUCGUCGCCCUCAACGGGCUGGUGCACGUGGUGAUGUACGCGUACUACUUGCUGGCGAGCUUGAACUGCGGGGUGGCGCGGCUGGUGAAGCAGUUUGUGACGCAGCUGCAAAUGCUGCAGUUCUUGUCGAUGAGUUUGCAUGCAGCUUACCACGUUUAUUUCCACCAGAGUUGCAAGUACCCUUUCCGAGUCACAGUGGGUUACUUCUUCUACGUUUUGAGUCUUUUUCUGCUUUUCCACAACUUCAGCAAGAAGACCUACGGCCGCAGCAGCAGCAGCAGCAGCAGCAGCAGCAGCGGCGGCGGCAGGGGCAAGGUCAAGGCGUUGUGA